AUGAGCCAGACCACCCCACACACGCCAGGAGCUGAGAGUAACCUCUCUCCUGUGGAGUCCGCCCAACUUUUUAAAUUUGUGGCAGACCUCCUCAAAACCUCCCCUGAUGAAAGGGAGGCACUUGAACAGAUGAACCUAGAUGAGUGUCAGUCCAAGAUUGACGACUUAAUCAGGCAUGUUCAUGAUCCCUACCGUAAAGUCUUCACCAUUAAAAGAGUGAUAGGUAGAUUAUUCCUGUUUCAUCACCAGAGCAGCCGCCUGGAGAUAGAGAUUCUCCGCAAGGAGAACCAGGAACUGAGUUCUAGUUGUGACAGACUAGACACACGCAACCAGAAACUACAUGAGGAGCUCAAGCUCUCUAAUGAGACACUGGGUAAACCCACCAUGCGGAAGAUUAGGAAGAAUGCACAAAGGACAUGGGAGACAGUGGUGCGCCCGGUGGACCAGCCGGAUGAGGAGCCUAGAGUGCUCAAUACCUUCACGCGCUCGUCAGACGUGCGCCGGCACCAGCUGAUCCACACGGGGGAGCGUCCCUUCCGCUGCUCCCACUGCGAGAAGACCUUUCAGCACGCCUGGGACCUCACCAAGCACCAGCGCAAGACCCACGGCGAGUGCAUCUUCCGCUGCCAGACGUGCAGCUCCGACUUCCCCAACCUGCGCACGCUGGCAGCCCACCACAAGAAGAGCCACGAGGGGCCCAUGCCGCACACGUGCUCCAUCUGUGGCGAGAGCUUCCCGGAACCGGUAACCCUGAUCGAGCACCGGAAGACGCACGGUGACAAGCUCGAGUACAAGUGUCAGCAGUGCGGCGAGGGCUUCGACACCCUGCUGGAGCGCUCCAAGCACCGGCAGACGCACAUGGGCAAGCGGCAGUUCAAGUGCCCGCAGUGCGACAAGACGUACACGCGGCGGGCUGACGUCAAGCGGCACCAGCUGACCCACACCGGUGAGCGGCCGCACCAGUGCGCCCAGUGCGGCCGCUGCUUUGGCCUCAACUCUGCGCUCAAGAAGCACCAGGUGGUACACACCGGGGAGAGGCCCUACAAGUGCGAACACUGCCCCAAGCGCUUCACCUUGGUGUCUAUCCUGGAACGCCACCAGCGCAUGCACACUGGCGAAAGGCCCUUCCUAUGCUCGCAGUGCGGCAAGCGCUUCCUCUCCCUGGGCGAGCUCUCCAAGCACUACAAGUCCCACACUGACGACAGGCCAUACCCGUGCACGCUGUGCAACAAGCGUCUCAAGUCCAAGCGGGCACUCCAGGAGCACGUCCUGGCGCACAGCGGCGAGCGGCCGUACCCCUGCUCGUACUGCGGCAAGCGUUUCACCAAGCCCUUCGCCCUGACCCGCCACCAUCUUAUGCACACGGGCGAGAGGCCGUUCACGUGCUCCCACUGCGACAAGACCUUCCUGACCUCGGCUGAGGUGGCACUGCACGAGCGGGUGCACACGGGCGAGCGGCCGUACGCCUGCCCAGAAUGCCCCAUGAAAUUCCGCAGCUCGUCCGAGCUUGCGAGGCACAAGCGUAACCACACCGGGGAACGGCCCCAUGCCUGCGGGAUCUGCGCCAAAGCUUUCUCUAGUGUGGCCAAACUUAACAAACACACGCUGACCCACGCGAGGGACAAAGCUAUUACGUGUGUGAGCUUGCCUGACAAUCCAGAGGGACUGAACCAGGCUGCCAGCAUAGUGGGGGAGCACAGGGUUGUCCUGACCUUAACAACAACCCAGAAUGAAGUUGAUAUGUGA